CUCGAAACGAUCGGAUACUCAAACUAAAGUUAGAGCUUUAAACUGCCUUUUCAACGAAACCUACACAUGAACAAGUUCAUAAUACCACACAUAUUGUAGCUAGUGUACACAUUUUUAUGAAGUCAGUAAGAUGUUUCAUUUAAAAAUUUUCAUCACUGCCUAUCUGGCAUUUAUUUUGAGCUUAAAAAACUCUUAUGCCCAAUCAAACUAUGCAUCGCAGGCGAAUAGUAUCGAAUAUUCAAAUAGUGGCUUACCCGAAGAAGCAACGCUAGAUGGAAAGGUUACAAAGUUGGAUGAUAUAAGUCCUAUUAUAUUCCUCAAUCGCACAAAGGCUGCGCUGAAUUGUGGUGCUGGUUCAAUGCAGGUUGACUUAAAGUUUAACGAAAAAUUCUACGGAAUAGCUUAUGCUGAUUUUGAUAGAAAUAGCGCUUGUCAAAUAAUAGGAAAAGGCGAUUUAUCUUAUCGAAUUGAACUACCACUGAAAGGAUGUGGAACAAGACAAGAACCACAAAGAGUUUUUUCGAAUAAUAUUGUGGUGCGUUUCCACCCGGGACUGGAAAUGGAUGGAGAUGAAAUAAUUACGAUUGUUUGUCGUUAUCCUCCUCCAAUAGCACCACCUCCUGCAGGGCUACCUGCACCAAUUUUAACGCCGUUGCAAACCGCUUCGGUAUUGGAACCUCCACUAAAGGGCAUCCAAAUUCUAUUCAUUAUAUGUGCAAUCAUGUUCCUUACUUUGUUAUUACUUGGUCUCGGCGUUUCCUAUUAUUGUCUUCGAAGACGACCAAUUAUUGUGCGUCGUUUACCUGUCUCUGUUGGCACCGGAUCGGAAAUAACCAAACUUAGUGGUAGCAGUUUAGGUAACAUAUCUGCUUUCGAAGGAGUCAAGAUUCCAAGAGCGCAACCACCUCUUAUGGCCGUACUUAGUUCAUCCGGCAGCGAAGGUCCCCUUAUUUCGGAUACCAUUCCCUCUGAUUAUCCCAGUGAGUCUCACUCAGAUGCUAGCUCGGCUGGAAGCUUCGAAAAUCAUGCAUUUGUCCAGGAACUUUCCAGUGUAUGCAGUGAACAGUAUGCUCAAACACAACAUGAAAUUAUGGCCAUCGGGGUUAGAGAAGGUUCACCUAAAUUCAAUGUGCAAGUUAAUGUUAAGCGUACCCCACCUGCUUCAUUGAUCUCGUCUGUUCCUUCGUCUGAUACCGAAAGCAUAGAUACGCCGCGAAUGGAAAGAAAUAAUUUGUCGACAAUCAUGGAGUCUCAUGAAGAUCGUGAAAGCAUUGUGACCGUAGAUUCUCUACCAAAAGAAAUCUCUCACACACAAUUCACUUAUACACCGGAAAUACAUCCGAUUCCAAAAUAUGUUCCACCAGAAAUCCAAAAACUUGUGAGAACACAACAGGAAUACGUAAGAGACGAUUGGUCAAAAGACUUUGCGGACCGUGUUGGACAUCGAAAUGUUCUUAAUAUGGCUCCACAAGUAACAACUCAUACAAUGAGUGAGUACGUUGAUACUGUGGAUAUUGAUGUAGAGCCGCCAAUAAGUGUUGUAAAGAAACCAGAAACUACUCAACACAUUGUUGAUGAUGUAUUUUUGAAAACCAUAACAGAGAAGAGCACUCAAUUCGAAGAUGAGAUACACAAGAGAAAGGUUACUGAAUAUAAGAUGAAACCAGAAUCUAAGUGGGACGUAACUAUUCGCAAUUAUCCUAACAACGGUCCUCAGUGGGAAGACUUUUCAGAUGUAUCUAGUUCAUCGGGUCUCGUUACACCGCGGUUUGAACGAGCUAAUCAAGUUCUGCCCCCGAAGAACUUUAUUUCAGAAAGUGGAUUGGGCUUGACCAGUCCAGAAUUGGUGGGAAAUCUGAAGCCGAUUGAGAUUCCUCCGGAGGACAAAUCUGUGAAGAACUGGAAUGUCUUAAUUCGAGUUCUUCAAGAUGGUAGUCAGGUAUCUGAUUCCGAAGAAACUUCAUCUCAAUAUUCCUCAACGGCAUCUGCAAUGCAUUUGCAACGUCAAUUGAGCUAUGAAGACAAAACGAAAUGGCGUGAUAUAAUCACUACGGAAUCGACCUUAAGGACAAUGCUACUUCAUGCUUCCGUUCGAGAAGACUUUGAGAAAAUACGUCAAGAUGUACGUUACGAAAAAUUGUUCGAGCCAGAUUCGUGGGAUGUCAUUAUUCGUAUAUUGGCUCCUCCAGAUAAUGAUGUGGAACUUCGUUCCCAAAAACGUAAGGCAAAACGAGAAAUUUGGGAUACUAGAUCCCGCAGAAGCUCGCUGCCAACUCUAUAUGAGUAUGACAGUGAUGGAAGCUCCGUUCGGACCAUUACAAAUGACAUUGUUGUUCAACAUCAAAAUCCAGCCUAUCAAAGCUCUAAUAGGUCUCGGCACACUUCUCGUUCGUCAUAUCGCUCCGAUAAUAUUGACAUGCGAUCCAUGUCUGAAGUAACGGUUGAUUUUGGACGUCGUCCUGACACCAUUGAUAACGGAUCUGAAGUGAGCUCUUUAUAUCCAAGCCGUUACUACGAAGAAGACUACGAUAAACAUUCAAUCCAACGCUCAUUGAGUCAACCUAGUCUUGCGAGAUCAGCCAGUGAAUUUACAGAACGUUGGAUUGCUCCAGACACAAUAGAACAUGAUCAUUCUUCUCCAGAAAGUAGUCCACGUGGUAGACGUCGAGCGAUGGUAAGCCGUGUUAUUGAACAGCGAUCGGAAGCUCGAAUUGCAAAGUAUUAUUCCGAGGACAGUGAUCAAAAAUGGUAGUUCCAAUAGAAUAGUCACUUGAAUUGGACAUUUGCAGUUUUUGUUGUUUAACAGUAAAAUGUACAAUUUGACUGAUAUUGAAGAUACUCGUGCCAACUAUUUGAGACCGUACUAACAAUUUUAAAAAGAAAAGUAUUAAUCUAAUUAACACAAAUAACAAAACUACUUAGUACAUAUAUUAUCAGCAUUCUAAGAAUUAAAAUAAUAUUUAGAUUGAUUUUUAUAAUUUUGUGAUUAACAGUUGCUUAAAAUAUUUUUCAAGUGAAUACUAAAAGCUUUACAUGUAUGAAAAUAUGUAUGAAUACUAAAUUUUACUUUAUCUAACAAUUAGUUUUGUUCAAUCAUCACUUA